AUUGCCAACUCAGAAUGUAAUGGGUGAAGAUUCUAUAAAAGAAAAAACUUGGGGAUACUUGAUGGGCAAUGAGGUUGGAAUGAUUGGAGUUUGUGGGCUUGGUGGAGUUGGAAAGACUACUAUUAUGAAAAACAUCAAUAAUGAAUUGGUGAGACAGACUAAGUUUGAUAAACUGAUUUGGGUCACUAUAUCUUACCCACUUGAUGUAAUCAAAUUACAAGAUAAUAUCGCUCGUGUUAUUGUUGUGGCUGAUAGACAAGGACUCCCAAAAAAUGAGGUUGGAAUGAUUGGAGUUUGUGGGCUUGGUGGAGUUGGAAAGACUACUAUUAUGAAAAAUAUCAAUAAUGAAUUGGUGAGACAGACUAAGUUUGAUAAACUGAUUUGGGCCACUGUAUCUUACCCAUUUGAUGUAAUCAAAUUACAAGAAAAUAUUGCUCGUGCUAUUAUUGUGGAUGAUAGACAGGGACUCCCAAAAUGUGGGGACAAAGAGAGGCGGGCGGCUGCAUUGUUGAGCAUUAUGGGCAAAGUAAGAUAUGUGCUGAUAUUAGAUGAUGUCUGGGAAGUGUUUGCUCUAAAUGAGGUGGGAGUUCCAGAACCAACAAUUCAGAAUGGGAGCAAAAUAGUCAUCACUAGUAGAUCCAUUGAUUUGUGCAAAAGAAUGGGCUGUGAGAUAGUGAAAGUGGAACCUCUUUCAUUUCAGGAGUCUCUUAACUUAUUCUUAGAUAAAGUUGGGCGUCAUGUUCUACAAGUACCAAAUUUAGAAGGAAUCUUGAAGCUCAUCGUGGAGGAGUGUGGUGGCUUAUCGCUGGCAAUUGUUGUGAUAGCAGAGAGUAUGAAGGGAGAAGAUGAUGUUGAAGUGUGGAAGAAUGCCUUAAAUGAAUUACGAGAACAAGUAAAGAGUGUGAUUGGUUCGGAUCAAAAGAUAUUUGAAAAGUUAAGCACAAGAGAAUUGAUAGAAGGGUGGAUUGGCGAAGGACUAAUUGAUGGGUUGCCAAGUAGAAAAGCAACUUAUGAUAAGGGCUAUGCCUUUUUAAAUAAGCUUGUAAAGAAUUGCUUGUUAGAGAAAACUGUGGAUUUGGAAGGUGAUGUUUUUAAGAUGCAUGACAUAGUGAGAGACAUGGCUAUCAAAAGCAUUGAUCCUGAAUUUGGCCAUAUGAUAAAAGCUGAGAUCCCAAAAUCCUUCUUUGAAGGGAUGCUUGAACUAAAGGUUCUUGAUCUUUCUCAAACUAAAAUUGAAGUUUUACCUAAUUCCAUCUCAAAUUUGGAGAAGCUCUCUUCCCUGAGGUUAAAAUGGUGUACGAGGUUAAGGUACUUGCCUUCUUUAGCAAAGCUCAGGGUAUUAAAGAAGUUGGAUCUGCGUGGUUCCAGGAUUGAGGUGGUCCCUCAAGGCAUGGAGAAAUUGAUUAGUCUGGAAUAUCUUGAUUUAAGUUAUUGUUACAAUCUAAAAGAGAUUCCAAUGGGAAUCUUAUCAAACCUUUCCAAUCUCCAAUACUUUUUAGUUUAUGGAAAAUUGAAGAUAAAAAGAGUAGAGGUUGUGAGAUUGAGCAAGUUGGGGGCCUUUGAAGGUGUAUUAGAUGACAUACAAGGCUUCAAUUAUUUUGUCAAGUCUAAAGACUUCCAAAUUCUUACUGAUUACACGAUUGUAGUAGGAGCACCAUUCUCUACUAUGAUGGAGAUGAUUGACCGAAAGAAACACAUGGUUAAUAUUAAUAAUUGCAACUUAGGAGAAGAAUGUAUAGUGCUUCCAGAUAACCUUCAGAAUUUGGUGAUCGAUGGGUGUAAAAACAUGAGAAGCAGCUUAAAUAAAGCAGCUUUGUUAGAAAAGGCAACCGAGUUGAGUUACUGUGGUCUUAGGUAUUAUGAAGAUAUGGAGUGCGUGGUUGACUUGGAUUUAUCCUCUGUUCAGUAUUGGAUAAGCUUGAAGAGCUGUACCUUUGGGGAUUGCCUAAAUUGAGUGUACUUGUGAGAGUGGAAGGAGUAGCAACACCACCGCGCGUCUUUUGAAAUCUUAAAAGGCUUCGUAUUUGGUUUUGUUCAGGAAUGGGGAAGUUGCUUCCACUUGAGCUGCUGCAGGUCUUCCAAAGCUUAAGAGGAGAUUGAUGUUUAUUCGUGCGAACAAAUGAAGCAGAUAAUAGCAU